CGAGUAUCACAUGAGGAACGAAAGGGCGCUAGACGAAUUCGAAUUCGAGCUCAGGAAGAGGCUGGAAGCGGGAUUACAAGGGUUGGUGGAUGUCGAAGCGAUAGGUUUGACUUCGGUUGUUGUAGGACAGGAAGAUCAGAACGAAGGAUCUACCUCACAGGCAUCGCUCGACGGAGCAGCUUUCAGCAGUUCCGAUACGACCCGGCGAGCGGCUCCAAUGCCCGUUGAGAUUUCGGAAAACUCCAAGAUCUUGAGACGCAUCCAUGAGAUCGGCGAUAUGAACGUCUACGUCGAUUCAAACGGACAGGUUCAUGUACACCAAAAAGACCAGCAGAUCCAGACAACUCCACGACGCGCUCCCAAGCCGAAACAACAACCUAGCAAUCUACCCUCGCAGUACCAACCGCAUACCCCUUCUUUCCCUCAAGGCCCCAUCAAUAGCAUCGACACCAACAGCGGAGCGGACGGUCUACCCACGUGGUUGCUUCAACCCAGGCAUACCGAACAAGGCCAGACCGGCAAUACCUCGUCGUCGAGCUUGAAACAAGGCUCCCGAGUGAUGGCUCGUCGUCAAGUCCAGGCCAAGGCUUCCGGUUCGCAGACUGUCGCGCAUCAAGACCCAGACGAGACCGAAUCUGAGCCUACACUUCCGAAACGAGGCACAAAGGUUGUACGAGCUCCGGUCGCCGAGAAGAUCACGAAGAAGACCAAGCUCGGGAAGAGGCGGGCCGAAGAGAUGGAAUCGGACGCCGAAUACGAGAAGCCCAAGAAGGCAAUCAGGCCGUCCCCGAAGCAUAAGAAGAAGGCAUGAGGCGGAACUUACGACCUAUUGACGACACAAAUCUACCCGAACAAUCAAUCAUUCUUACGAAACUGGCAUCGCAUCGAGCUCCAGAUCAGUGACCGUGACACGCGGCACACAAGAAGUAUGUCGACCACUUCCCACCGAUAUUCGAG